GCUUCCGCUCAUCAGGAAGCCAGUGGCACCGCUCGUCUUGAAGGGUGGCCUGCUCCCGUUGAUGGGCAUCAUGGUGGCCGGCAUGGCAAUCCAGGCCGAUCCCAUCGCGAAGUUAUUCGCGCGUGCACCCUUCAGAUGGGCGGAGAAGAUUUGCCUCAUGACCUUUAUCUUUCAGAAGCCUGUACACACCACCAUGCAGACUGUGACAGGCUACGACGGACUCACCUGGACGUACGUCACGUCCUUAAUUGUGAUCGCGAUUUUGUCUCACGCCUUUCUCGAGCAGCCUUGGCGUGCGUUCCUGAGGGUUCGCGAGAAGUGA